GACCCCGAACAAAACCUUGAAUUUCCAAAAUCUCCGAAAUUCCACCCCCAUUUAUUUCAUAAUCCCUCCAUUAGUUCACCAUUAACCCUAAAUUUAAUUUCAUUCUAUAUUCUAAUCCCCCGCCACGCCGCCUCCUCUUUCACCUCCUCAUUAAUUUCUGUUCACGCCAAAGUUCUCCUCUCGCUUAUUCUAUUCUUUUCUGGCUGCUGAUCCCACACUCGCUGGGCCCCACCAACCGUUGGAAGUGCCCCCCUUCUUCCUCUUCGCUCAAUCCGUCACGUCUUCAAGAAACCGAAACAGAGCUGUUUUGGUUUUUGUUGUUGUCGCUGCUGCUCUUAUUAUUUGUAUGAACUCAGCCAGAGAGACUUUCUAAUGGGGUUCCUCUUCUUUUGCUUCCUUCAGUGAAGAGAAGAGGAAAAAUCCAAAGUCCCCAAUUAAAGAGCUCUCUAGAAAGUAAAUAAAGUCUCCACCUUUUUCUCUGUUUUGGGUCGUUUUGCUCUGAAUUUAUUUCCUUAGUGGCGUUUUUUUGGCGUAAAAUCGUUGGAAUAACAAAACCCAGAUCGCAAAAUUUCGUCUUUGGGUCGAUUCCUGAUCGUUCCAGGAUGCUGGCUAGGGUUUUGCCUUUAGAAGAAGGGAAAGAUUUGCUACCCAGAGCUCAACAUAAACCUUUUCCAUUGAGAAUCAUCAAGAUUUUCCUUCUGUUCCUGUCUCUGGGCGUUGUUAUAUCAGUACUCAGCGUGUACACAACUCGCUAUUUUGAUGUUAAAAACGUGAUCUUGCAGCCUAGGCUCGGUUUAAUUCAGCAGUGUUUUACUGAGGAGAAUGAAUUCAAGCGUUGGAUUAAGCCUCCUUCGAGCUCGAAGCAUUCGAUGAAUGAUGAAGAGCUCUUUUGGAGAGCUUCGUUUGUUCCUCAGCUGAAGAAGUAUCCGCACAAGAGAGUUCCUAAAGUUGCGUUCAUGUUUUUAACGAGAGGGCCUUUGCCGCUUUCUCCUCUUUGGGAGAGAUUCUUCGAAGGGCAUGAAGAGUAUUACUCAAUUUAUAUUCAUUCGUUGCCGAAUUAUAAGGAUGAGUUCAAGUCGGGGUCAGUGUUUUAUCAGAGGCAGGUUCCUAGUCAGGUGGCGGAAUGGGGAAAGAUGAGUAUGUGCGAUGCUGAACGAAGACUCCUCGCAAAUGCACUCCUUGAUCUCUCAAACGAGCGCUUCGUUCUCGUCUCAGAAUCCUGCAUCCCUCUCCACAACUUCAGCAUCAUCUACCAAUACCUAAUAAAAUCUCGAACCAGUUUUGUUGGCUCCUUCGAUGACCCAACCCCUCAUGGCCGAGGGCGAUACAAUUCAAGAAUGUACCCCGAGGUAACCUUAGCUCAAUGGCGCAAAGGGGCUCAAUGGUUUGAAGUCAAUCGAGAACUAGCAGUCAAAUUAGUCUCAGAUACAAAAUACUAUCCAAAGUUCAAAGAUUAUUGUCGACCAGCGUGUUAUGUGGACGAGCAUUAUUUUCCUACAAUGCUCUCUAUUGAAACUCCAAAUCUCAUUGCAAAUAGGACUGUCACUUAUGUUGAUUGGUCGAGAGGUGGAGCUCAUCCUGCGACAUUUGGGAAAGGGGAUAUCACUGAAGCGUUUUUAAAGAGAAUUAUUGAAGGUCAGAAGUGUUUGUAUAAUGGCCAGCCGUCAUCACUUUGUUUCCUUUUUGCUAGAAAAUUUGCUCCCAGUGCUUUGGAACCUCUACUGAACAUUACAAAUACUUUGCUCGGGUUUUCUUGAAGUGAUGUAGAGAGGCUGAAGAUGGAGAGAUACUGAUGUAGCUUUUCUACGGCUAUCAUCAAAUUCGUGGGGUAGUGAGGCUCAAACAAAAAACUUUAAAUUAUUGGGUGACUUUGCUAUGUAAAUUGGCGACAACGGUGAAGGAUUCACUCGUCUUCUCGUACGAACCAUAAGGAGUUUUUAGGUCUGGGCCCAUCCCAUGCGUGAUGUUUGGACCUUAGAGUUCGGGUAUUCACAUGGAAUGGAAUCAAACACUUGUGGGUGUCUAUGCUACCAUUGGCAGCAGGGGCGGAGUCAGGAUUUCCCCCUGGAUGGUGUGUACAUCUAAUUUAUCAUACUUGUAUUUAGAAUUUACAUCAAUAAUUUUACAGUUUUAUUC